ACAGCGGAAAGAAUAUCAACCGAUCAGAGUUAGAAUAAGCAAGUUGUUCAAAUUUCAGAAGAGCUAGAGAACUAUCUAAGAAAGCAAUUCAGGGCAUUACUCAAAACCAGUUAAAUCCUCACAAUGGCAGAGCAGUGGGGAGAAGCUAUCUUUGCAGCCAGGCGGCGAGGUGAUGAAACAACACGGGAAUCAGCCUUCAAAUACACCAACAGCAAUAACACCCAAGAUCCAUUUGAGGGACCCAACUACCACAUUGCCCCAAGAUGGGUGUACAAUCUUUCAACGUGUUGGAUGUUUUUUGUGGUUGUGGCCUCAACAUUCACCAAUGGCCUGGUACUGGUAGCCACAGCCAAAUUCAAGAAGCUCCGUCACCCUCUGAACUGGAUCUUGGUCAACCUUGCAAUAGCUGAUAUUUUAGAGACACUAUUGGCCAGUACUAUAAGUGUCUGUAACCAAUUUUUUGGCUAUUUUAUCCUUGGACACCCAAUGUGCGUGUUUGAGGGUUUUACCGUCGCUACCUGUGGCAUUGCUGGGUUGUGGUCUUUGACUGUCAUUUCAUUUGAGAGAUGGGUGGUGGUGUGUAAACCUUUUGGAAAUGUAAAAUUUGACGGUAAAUGGGCAACGGGAGGCAUUAUCUUUACUUGGGUCUGGUCUGGAUUUUGGACUUCACUUCCUAUUUUUGGAUGGAGCAGGUACUGGCCUCAUGGCCUGAAGACCUCUUGUGGACCUGAUGUAUUCAGUGGAAGUGAAGACCCUGGAGUUCUGUCUUAUAUGAUUGCGCUGAUGAUCACCUGUUGUAUUAUGCCACUGGCCGUUAUCAUUCUCUGCUACCUUGCUGUUUGGAUGGCAAUCCGUGCUGUUGCAGCACAACAAAAGGAAUCUGAAUCAACGCAGAAAGCUGAAAAGGAAGUUACCAGAAUGAUUUUUGUUAUGAUUGGUGCUUAUUGUUUCUGCUGGGGACCAUACACAUUCUUUGCCUGCUUUGCAUCCGCUAACCCUGGUUAUGCCUUUCACCCACUGGCAGCAGCUAUGCCUGCCUACUUUGCAAAGAGUGCCACCAUCUACAACCCCAUUAUCUAUGUUUUUAUGAACCGACAGUUCCGCUCAUGCAUCAUGCAGCUCUUUGGAAAGAAGGUCGAUGAUGGCUCUGAAGUGUCUUCUACUUCCAAAACAGAAGUUUCCUCUGUGGCACCUGCAUAAAUAUCUUCUGACUUGUGGCAAAUGGAAAACGAACUUCUUGAUUUGUUCACUUUUUGUUAUCCUGUAAUAUGAAACAGUUGAAGAAUAUGGAUUCCAAGAAUAUGGAUUCAAGCUCUGUAUAUUGUAUCAGCUUUAAUGUAUUUUGUAAGAAGUCCCACGAUUUUGGUCCUAGUAAAAAAGGACCAAAAACUUUAAGUGAACUUUAAUAAGUAAAACUUAUGUCUAAAAUAUAUUUUUACAAUAUAAUAUUAUGCAUGUGUUCAUAAUAUAUGCA